AUGAUGCUGGAGAAGGAGCACCAGGGGAACGCCACUCUGCCCACCGAUGACCAAGGAAGAAAACAACAACUGAGCACUUGUGUUUCCUCUGAUCAUUCAGCUUCUGUUGGUGUGGAGAUCAUCAAUGGGAAAAAGGCUCAGAAGGGCUCCUUUGAUUACAUGGCUUCUGUGCAGAAAGACGGGAAGCAUAAAUGUGGAGGAUUCCUGAUAUCUCCUGAUUUUGUGCUCACUGCAGCACAUUGUGACAACGGGAAAAACAUGAAUGUGGUUCUCGGCUCUCAUGACAUUCAGAAGGGUAACAGGAAUGCUCUGAGAAUCCGUGUGAUGAAAAUAAUAAAGCCCAAAGCAUACAUAAAGCCGGGUGGCGGCAGUGACAUCAUGCUCCUAAAGCUAUCAAAAAAAAUCAAAUUAAGCAAAAAUGUAAAAACAAUUACAAUUCCGGAGAAGGAUGGACCCAUCGGUUCGGACGUAAAGUGCACCGUGGCAGGCUGGGGCAAAACUGAAAAGCAGCCUCACGUCACGGACCUUCGCUUUGUUCAUGUGUCCACCAUUAACCGUGGCAUCUGCCAGAAACAGUGGAAUAAAAAGCUGCCAGAUAACACAAUCUGCGCUGGAGGGUACAAGACCAAAGACGGGGCAUGCCAGGGAGACUCAGGGGGUCCACUGGUGUGCAGUGGCCAAGCAGUGGGAAUCGUUUCCUUCAACAACGGAAAUUGCAGCUACCCAAUUGAUUAUCCCAACGUUUAUACUCAGAUCUCAAAGUUCUUGCCUUGGAUCAAGAAGUAUCUCAAGACUGCGGUUAAGAAGACCAAAGAAGUGCAGUGGAUCCCCCUCCCUGAGAAAGCUGAAGACGUCCAGCCUGGAAUGGUGUGGCAGGAUGGGGGGGGACCAAGAAACAAAUGGGUCUGGAAGCCCACGCCUCCAAACUGUAAGGAGUAA